CGCAGGUGGGUUAUCCUGGUAGUCCCGCUAGUGAUCUUCAUUCCACUUUGUUGCUGUGUUGUUUGCUUCAAAAAGAUAAGAGUUGGUGUGUUCUUUCAAUCGCCUCAUAGACUGGUUAGAGAUCUUCGAUCUACGUUGUUGAUGUGUUGAUUUCGUCAAAAAGUACCAGAGAACGCUGGUUUGUAUCACCUCCAUAGGCUGGUUGUCUGGCUGCUGGUUCUACUUAAAACAGGUCAAGUAAAACGAUGCUAAAGCAAAUGAAAACCAAGAUGAACAAAAAUAAGCUGAAGGAUUUUGUAAAGAGAAAACGUUCUGACUUAGUCAAGAAAGAAAGUAGCGUUAAUAUUAAACAUCUAUUUUCAACAUUAGACAUUGAUAUAAACUGUAGAAACUCAGAUGGGAUGGCCCCUUUACAUGUUUAUGCAGAGACGAACAACAUACCUUUAGGGGCACUUUUGAUAAGUGAAGGAGUAGAUAUUAAUGUCAUAGCAACAGGGCCUAUUAACUCAGGAAUGGCACCACUACAUUUAAGCGCUAUAAGAGGCCAUAAACAUUUUGUUCAACUUUUGUUGAAAUAUAAAGCAAAUAUCAAUGUGCAGGAUAAUUUUCGACAUAAAACAGCUUUACAUUUCUGUGUUAAUUUUGAACAUGUAGAAAUAGCUCAUAUUUUGUUGGAUGCAGGCGCUGAUGUUAACCUGCGAGACGGGAAAGGUGAGACAGCUUUACAUAUUGCUGCUAGGAAUGGAAGUGAGAAACUCGUCAAGUUGCUUUUAGAAAGAGGUGCGGAUAUCAAUAACACUGACCAUCUUGGUAAAACGGCGUUACAUUGCUCGGCAGGUUGUGCUGAAAACAACAUGAUCAUGUUAUUACUGGAAGCUGGUGCCUCGGCAAACAUCAGAGACAAUGGUGGUCGAACAGCUUUACUAAAUGCUACCAUGUACGGGUUUACAGAAAAAAUUAUGACGCUACUAAAAUUUACAGACGAUCUUGACGCUGGUGACGAGAAUAACAUUACAGCUUUACACUACAGCUCCCAGCAUGGACUUACAGAAGUCGUGAAGGCGUUACUGGAAGCCGGGGCCAAUGUUGACUCGAGGAGCAGGUUCGGGACAACCCCAUUGUGGUGCAGUCUAUUGAGUAAAAACAUUGACGUCAUGAAAGAGCUUAUCGAACAUGGCGCUAACCUUGGCAUUGAAGACGAUUCAGGUCAUACAGCCUUGGAUGAAGCCAUUAUGUAUUCAAAAGAUGAAGCGAUUGCAGUUCUAAGACAACAUGGCGCUAAGUCUUCAAAAGAAAAUAAAGUAAAAAUGGAGGCAGCUUUGGACUCUUCGAAAAGUAAAAUGGAGUUUGAAAACGUGAUAGCUCUAGCUGGUACAUCAUUUGCAAGUGGUAAUACUACCCAAAGCAUUGAUACUGCACCAUCUAUGAAUACAACACCAAAAGCUUCUUCCACUACUCCACAUGCAAGUGAUAAUACUAUGGAUACAAUACCAACAGCUUGUUUUAUUACACCAGUUUCAAGUGUUGAAGCUACAUUAAAUAAUGUUCAAAGUGUUAAUUCUACCACAACUACUGAAACUUCACCAUAUUUGUAUACAACACCAACAAUGUGUACCACAACAACAGCAGUUGCUACUACUAAAACCACACAGCUAAUCACCACCUCCACAACUACAACAACAACCCUUACCGAAACUACACAAUUAAAGAAGUACCGUAAGUCAACAAAUAAAAUGUAUAAAAGCCUUCAAACACACAACUUAAAACAAAUACAUCGAAAACACACCUUAAAACAAACAAAACUUGACAAGUUUGAAAAGAAUCGUCAGACAUUCCCUGAAAAACAUGAGAAGAUGUUGGAUUACUCGAACUAUGGUCAAACUGAUUCACUCCGACUUAGUCAAACAAAAGAUUUGAUGAUCGAACAAGAAAAGACCAGCAUCGAAAGCACCACCAAAAACAGAAGGAAAAAGAACAAAAAGAAAAUUGUUGGUAAAAUGAUUACACCCCGCUCUACUGAAGACAUAAAUAAUAAAAUAAAGCGUCUGAAAAACAAAUAUUCUAUUAUGAAAACUAAGCCCGGCGGAUAUAAAUGUAUAUCAAGUGGUUCAGCCGAUGCUUUAAAAUGUCGCAGAAAAAAUAACAGAAAACGGAAGCGAACAAGCAAUUAUCAAUUUCAACAUCAAAAUCGCAUGAAAACCAUUUGUUUCUAUUACAUAAGAAAGUAUUUCUGGAAAUACAAAUCAAAUGCUAAGAAGAGGAUAAAAGAAAAAUACAAUUUUGAUAUGAACCUUGAAGUGAACAGUUUUACAAAAAUCAACACAUUUGAUGAGAGCUACAUCGGGGUUGGUACAGUAACGAGCAGGGCUCAAACUAAAGCAGCGAAUCGGGAGGACGGGUCUUUUUCUAAACUUGACGUGAAGCGAGCACUAAACUACGCUCUAAAUACAGGAAAGAUAAGAAAGUUAAGAAAACAAAAUGUUGGAAGAGAGAGAAAGCCACCAAUAAAUGUCUUCCUAAAUUUUAUACGAGACUGCAACGAGGUAAAUAUAGAGAAUGGAGAAUACGUUUUGAUAAACAGCAUCAUCGGUGACGACAGAAAAGAGGAACAAGUCUCAAAAGGCGUUUGAUAGAACCCACCUAUGUUAGAUUGG